AUGGAGGCUUACGUGCAGAAGAUGGUGAAAGUUUGUAAUGAUUCAGACCGCUGGAGUCUAAUCUCCCUCUCCAACAACAGCGGGAAGAACGUCGAACUGAAGUUUGUGGAUUCCCUGCGGCGCCAGUUUGAGUUCAGCGUUGACUCUUUUCAGAUCCGUCUGGACUCCCUCCUCCUCUUCUACGAGUGCUCUGAAAACCCCAUGGCUGAGACAUUCCACCCCUCCAUCGUGGGAGAGAGCGUUUACGGAGACUUCAACGUAGCCUUGGACCACCUGCAACGGAAACUGAUCUGCACGCGAAAUCCAGAAGAGAUUCGGGGGGGCGGCUUGCUGAAGUACUGCCACCUGUUGGUGCGAGGUUUCCGCGCAGCUUCGGAAGCUGAGAUGAAGCUUCUCGAACGCUACAUGUGUUCCCGGUUUUUCAUCGACUUCUCAGAUGUGGCGGAACAAAGGCGCAAGCUAGAGUCGUAUCUGCAGAAUCACUUUGUGCGAUUAGAGGACCGGAAAUACGAGUACCUGACCACCCUGUACAGUGUCGUCGAUGAAAGUACAGUAUGCUUGAUGGGACACGAACGGCGACAGAGUCUGAGCCUCAUCACCAUGUUGGCGGUACGUGUUCUGGCAGAGCAGAAUGUAAUUCCCAAUGUGGCUAACGUCACUUGCUAUUACCAACCUGCACCGUACAUUGCAGAUGGCAACUUUAGCAAUUACUAUGUUGCUCAGGUGCAACCAGUCUAUGCCUGCCAGCCCGUCCACACAUUCUCACCAUGGUUGCCCUGCAACUGACCAACUGUUAACUCACAUUUUGUCCAACAUGUCUAAUUAGAGCACUCGCCCAAUGAGACCAGUUGGCAAGUCUGUAUUUGUGUGCUCUACAGUGUGAGGAAAACUCAAGACUUUCCAAACUGGUUGCUGCCAGCUCACUGCAAGGAGAAGCUACAAGCGCGCCAGAUGAAAGAAAGGGAGGGAGAGUGAGGUAACUUGGAUUUAUUCCCAUCGGGCAGCACGUUCUACCUAGGCUUUCCAUGGCUAUGUGCCAGGCCUACAGUAGGAGGAAACAACAUGGAAACUCUAUGAGAGUAAUACGGACACAAAAGGGACUAUCUUUGUGUUUGUGUACAUAUGUGUGUGAUAGACAUACAUGAAGAAUCAAAGAUGUCCUGCAUAUUGUAUUGAAAGGGCAGAUAGAUUAGCAAGAGAACU